AUGCAAAACUACAUGUAUGAGAAAGCCAUGGCUCAAGAGACAAGGAACGGAGGGAACUCCACGUUAAACAACAACAACGGUGUCGACAGCAGCAAGAGGAAGCUUCUGGUUGCGCUGGACAUCUUAUGUCUUCUACUUGCUAGCCUGCCUUUCCUGAUCAUUGAGACUAGCACCAUAAAGCCAUACCAGCGCGGGUUUUACUGUUCGGACGAGUCCAUCCGCUACCCACAAAAAGAGGGCGACACCAUUAGCGAUGCCAUGCUUUGUGGUGUUGGCAUUCUUAUUGCCAUCAUCUCUAUCGUGAUCGGAGAAUCCUACAGGAUUCACCAGCUACAUGAAGGGACUAAGUCCUUUGUAGGAAACCCAUAUGUCGCCGCCUUCUACAAACAGAUAGGCGUGUUUAUCUUUGGCUGUGCCAUUAGCCAGUCAUUCACGGACAUUGCCAAGGUUUCCGUGGGUCGAAUGAGGCCACACUUCCUGGAUGUGUGCAAGCCAGACUUCACCGCCAUCAACUGUUCGCUCGGCUACAUCACCGAGUACACCUGCAGUGGGAAGGACAGUGACGUGCAAGAGGCCAGGAAGUCUUUCUUCUCCGGACAUGCUUCUUUCUCCAUGUUCUCCAUGCUCUACCUGGCGUUCUAUCUCCAGUCCCGCUUCACGUGGCGUGGUGCCCGUCUCCUGCGCCCGCUACUCCAGUUCACUCUGCUGAUGAUGGCGUUCUACACCGGCCUGUCGCGUGUCUCCGACCACAAGCACCACCCUACUGACGUGCUGGCAGGCUUUGUGCAAGGAGCCCUGGUGGCCUACUGCAUAGUGUACUACGUGUCCGACCUGUUCAAGCCCAGACCGAAGCAGGCCACGCCACCACCAUCGCCCAUCAAGAAGGAGCUGCUCCCUUCGUCCGACAUCAUCGAGAGAAACAACCACCAUAACAUGGUGUGA